UACAUUCAAAAGUGUGUCAAUUUUUGCGGUAAAAAGUGCAUUAAACAAUCCUUACUCACCAUGUCGGAAGCCGAUGAGCAGAUGGAGGUAGCCGAGGAUCAAAACAUCGAGGAUGCUGUGCUGGAAAAUGCGAGCGAUGGAGACGAUGAUGAUGACGUCGAUGGAACCGGCCAGCAGGAGAACGGUGGCAAGGCAAAGGUUUACUUGCCCGGUGGAAAAAUGUCCCACGACGAAGAGCUGGUGUGUGAUGAGUCGGCGUACAUAAUGCUGCACCAGGCACAAACCGGUGCACCGUGCCUUAGCUUCGACAUCGUGAGCGAUCCGCUCGGUGACGACCGGGAAACAUUUCCACUAACGGCGUACCUAGUGUCCGGUACACAGGCAGCCCGUACGCACGUGAACAGUGUGAUUGUGAUGAAGAUGUCCAAUCUUACGCGAACAUCCAAACCUUCCGAUGGUGAUGAAUCGGACGAGGAUGAAGCGGUUAGCGAUGAUGAGGACGUGGAGGAAGAUGCAACGCCCGUGCUGAGCAGUGUGAUGAUCAAACAUCCCGGGUGUGUGAAUCGGUUACGGGUGACCACGUUCGGUAAUGCGCAGUACGUGGCCUCCUGGAGCGAGAUGGGCCGGGUACACAUUUACAACAUCAACGAACAGUUGGCGGCACUCGAUGAUAGCCAGGCACGGAAGACGUACCAAGCGAACAAGACCGGUGAUGGGGUGAAACCGGACUACACGUUUUCCGGCCAUCAGAAGGAAGGUUUCGCGCUUGAUUGGUGUACGACGAAACGGGGCAUGCUGGCGACGGGUGACUGUCGGCGCGAUAUACACAUCUGGCGCCCGAACGAUAAGGGUUCGUGGAACGUUGAUCAGCGACCGUUGGUGGGCCACACGGACUCGGUCGAGGACAUCCAGUGGAGUCCGAACGAAGGGGACGUGCUAGCAUCGUGCUCGGUGGAUAAAUCGAUCCGCAUCUGGGACUGUCGGGCAGCACCGUCGAAGGCGUGCAUGCUAACGGCGGAGAAUGCGCACGAGAGUGAUGUGAACGUUAUCAGCUGGAACCAUAAUGAACCACUCAUCGCUAGCGGUGGCGAUGAUGGUGUGCUGCAUAUUUGGGAUUUGCGACAGUUCCAGUCGAAAACACCGGUAGCCACCUUUAAACACCACACGGACCACAUAACGACCGUCGAGUGGCACCCGAAAGAAUCCACCAUACUGGCGUCCGGUGGGGAUGAUGAUCAGAUUGCCCUGUGGGAUCUUUCCGUCGAGAAGGACGAUGCGGACGAUACGGCGAACGAUGAUCCGAACCUGAAGGAUUUGCCACCACAAUUGCUAUUCAUUCAUCAGGGCCAGAGCGAAAUUAAGGAACUGCAUUGGCAUCCGCAGCUGAAGGGUGUGAUACUAUCUACGGCACACACAGGGUUUAAUGUUUUCCGUACGAUAAGCGUUUAGGAGGGAGGAUUCAUACAUUCAUAUGGAGCACGGAAAUAA